UCUCCUUACAAAGUUUUAUGCUUUUAUCGGUUUUUUUUCAUUUUUUUUCUUUUUUUUUUUGGUGGUGGUUUCUGUGUCUCUGUAGUUUCAUAUACCAAGAAACAUUCGCAAUCGGUUUUGGUAACUGGGAAUUCGCAUUUGGUAAAAUCUAAUAAACACAAAUUGGAAAGAGAAGAAAGGAAGAAAGAGGGUGUUGGGGAGGCAUAGAGCAAGAUAAUGAACCUUGUCCUCUGAUUCCUAAUCUCAUUGUGCCUCCCCUCAGAUCUUAAGAUUUGGUCAUCUGGGUACUAUUCAAUCGGAGAGUGCUUAGUUUCUGCCUUUGAUUUCCACUGCCUGAUGAAGGAUCCGAUGUUUCUUUACUGAAUCCGACACAAUAUUUUGUAUUUGCGUCGUUAAGACAGUUUCUCAGUUUUGUUAUAAUUAAAGAUAAAAUGCAAUCAGAUAAUGGCAAGUUAUUCAUUGGGGGGAUAUCAUGGGACACGAAUGAAGAGCGACUCAGAGAGUAUUUCGGUACUUAUGGGGAGGUUGUGGAAGCAGUGAUAAUGAAGGAUCGCACCACCGGUCGAGCCCGUGGAUUUGGUUUUGUUGUUUUUUCUGACCCAGCUGUGGCAGACUUAGUCAUAAAAGAGAAGCACAAUAUAGAUGGAAGGAUGGUGGAGGCAAAGAAGGCUGUUCCCAGGGAUGAUCAGAAUAUACUGAGUAGAAACAGUGGCAGCGUCCAUGGUUCUCCCGGUCCAGGUCGCACAAGAAAGAUAUUUGUUGGAGGUUUAGCAUCUACGGUGACAGAGAGCGAUUUCAAGAAGUACUUUGAUCAGUUUGGGACUAUAACGGAUGUUGUAGUAAUGUAUGAUCACAACACUCAAAGGCCAAGAGGCUUUGGAUUUAUCACUUAUGAUUCUGAGGAGGCUGUUGACAAGGUUUUGUUUAAGAAUUUCCAUGAAUUGAAUGGUAAAAUGGUUGAAGUGAAGCGAGCAGUACCUAAGGAGUUAUCGCCAGGACCGAAUCGCAGCCCACUUCCUGGAUUCAACUAUGGUCUGAGUAGGGUCAAUAACUUCUUAAAUGGAUUCACUCAGGGAUAUACUCCAAGUGCUGUUGGAGGCUAUGGACUUCAGGUGGACGGUAGAUUCAGUCCAGUUGCGAGUGCUCGAACUGGAUUUGCUCCAUUUGGAUCUGGUUAUGGAAUGAGCAUGAAUUUUGAACCUAGUUUGGGUGCUGGAUUUGGGAGGAGUGCAAAUUUCAAUAGUAAUCUUAGCUAUGGUCGGGGUUUAAAUCCUCCUUACAUUGGCAGCUCCAAUAGGCUUGGAAGCCCUAUGGGGUAUGACAGUGGUAAUGGAGGAAGCAAUUCUUUUUUCAGCUCCGCUACACGGAAUUUGUGGGGGAAUGGUGGCCUUAGUUAUGGAACUGGUUCUGCAAAUUCCAGUGCAUACGUUGGAUCCGGGAGUGGAAGCGUUGGAGGAAACGCCUUUGGCAAUGCUGGUGUCAACUGGGGUACUUCAGCGGUUUCUGCGCAAGGCGGUGGUAACAAUGUGCUACAGAAUAGUGGCAACCUUGGUUAUGGAGGUGGUGACAACACUUAUAAUUUGGGGACUGGUGGGUAUGGAAGAAGCAGUGGUUCUGCUAUUGCCCCAACAUCUUCAUACACUGCUUCAAAUGGCGCCGUUGAUGGUGCUUUUGCUGAUUUUUACAAUAAUAAUAAUUCGGUUUAUGGGGACGCCACAUGGCGUUCUUCAAAUUCCGAGCGAGAUGGAUCUGGUCCCUUCAGUUAUGGACUUGGUGGUUCGGCUACAGAUGUUUCAGGAAAAAGUUCUCCGGGUUAUGUUGGUGGUUAUACUAUUAAUAAGAGGCAGCCAAAUAGGGGAAUUGCUACAUAGGAAGAUCUUUAUGAUGACACGAACUUGUAGGCGAGGAUAAUCCGGUGAAGCAGGUGAAUUGUGAAUUUUGCGCACCGCUGCUGUUGUUACUGUAUUUCGGUUUAAGACAUAAGAUGUUUGGUUUAUCUAGAGCUAACUGGAGUGCCUGUUUUGAGGAUUCAGUCAGAUAUAGAGAUAGAAGUUACAUGGGGGAAUGUUGAGGUUUGAGUUUUUUGGUCACUGUUUUAGGUUUUGGGGUUUGAAAUUUGAGUGAGAUGUAAAAUCUGAUUGCGGGAUAUAGCGGAAGUGUAUCAAAUGCAUCACAUGUGAGGCAGCAAUAUAAACAAAAAAAAAGGAUGGACAGCAUUUCCUUUUUCUUUUUUUCCCCUUCUUCUCUUUGUGGGUAGAUUUUUUGGCUGUAAUGUCUUUGCAAAGCUGUGGGGUUCUGCUCAGGAAUUGUUUGUUUCUUCUUUUUUCUUCUUCUUCUUCUUCUUCUUCUUGAUCAUCAUGAUCCAUCAUUUUGGUUUGUUCUUUAGCAGAAUGUAUUUGAGGUUUUUGUUGAUUACUAGUGUGAAACAUUGAAGGGAUACCCAUCUAGGGUCCCCAUGAAUAAGUUACAAAUAUAUUUUGAUUCUUUUCGGUAGGGGAAUACUAUGCUCCACAAAUUCAAACUUGUGUUGAUAAAUGGAAUUCUUUCCCCAA